AACCCCAGUCCGGAAUGGGUGCAAGAAACCAUGGGGGAUUACAAACAAAUAAUAAUAUAACACAUAGAUACCCAGCACUCACCAGCUAGCUCACAGCUAAGAUUUAAAAACACAACUGGAAAGGUUAGUUACCACAUCUGGCCAAAUGGGAAAAGCUCAGGCACCUCGUCAAGGUCCUUUCCACUGCCUGAGUCCCUAACACAGCCACACAAUACGCGCUUACAAAGCCAAACAAACUGGGAACAAGGGAGGAGUGCACAGGUAUAUGUAAUCACCCAGAAAAAUACAAGACACGGAAGGAGACUGCACUCCAAGACCGGACCGGGUACAUAUCCAAUGACUAUAUCUAUCUAUCUAUCCAUCUCUCUCUUGGACCUGAGGCCACAAAAUUUCAGGAUAGGUGGGAUAUGCCACAGGAUAAAUCGCCUAUUUCAAAUGCCAAUAUAAGGGUAAAGGAAAUACUUCUAAUCAAUUUAAUAAACUCCAGCAGGCCACCCAAGGUAAUCAUCCAUUCUAGAUAUGAUGGGAAACACGUGCACCAUAUUUCUGGCCAUCCUGUUAACUCUCCUUCUCCAGAGAGGACAGUGUCAGCUAGAAUGCAAUAAAGGGGAAUACAGGACUGAGGAUGAUCAGUGUGUGCCAUGCAUAGAGUGCCAGCCUGGAGAGGAGCCAGAUGGGGUUUGUGGCUUUGGAACAGGUGCUGAAGUUGCCUGUCGACGUUGUUCCCCAGGAAUGUUCUCAAGCCGUAUUGGAAGGUCUCCCUGCAUUAUGCACACGCAGUGCGAUAAGCGCAGGAGGGUUCAGCUUAGUCCUGGAACUCUCACAGCAGAUGUGCAGUGCGGAGACUGUCUGUCAGGUUUUUUCUCACCAGUCGCAAAGACCAGCAAUCCCAGCACCUGUUUCCCUUGUUGGUUGGCUCCUGCUGAUACUGUUGGAUGUGAAGGUAUUCGGACAUUACGGCCUCGCUCUCCCCGGACUAUAGAUGCUUCCACCAAGCAAGAUAACAGGAUGACGCUGAAUAGCACGCUGAGCGAAGGGCAGGGGGAUUCUGGGACGCAGUAUGCAGUGUUGGCUAUUGUGCCAGUCUUCUGUAUGAUGGGGCUGUCUGGCAUCUUACUCUGCAACUUUCUGAAAAAGAAGGGCUAUCACUGCACCUCCCAGAAGGAACAGGAUGAGGAGGCUCCUCCUGCUGAGAAAGCUGAAUUCAUACCUCCGUGUGUAUUGGAAGAGAAUGGUAAUGAAGAUACCAUCGGGGUCCUUGUUCGUCUGAUCACAGAAAAGAAAGAAAAUGCAGCUGCUUUGGAAGAGUUAUUGAAGGAUCAUCAGAGUAGACAACUGUCCCAGUCUCCCAACAAGGCUCCUCACAACAGGCUACACCUUCUCCCACAGAUGCCUCACCUCUGCAAACACCAGCACCAUCUGCACACUGUACAGGGUCUGGCAUCUUGCUCUGGGCCCUGCUGUACCCGCUGCAGCCAGAAGAAGUGGACUGAUGUUCUUGUUCCCCCCGAAACUGUACCAAAAGGCGCUGUCAGCAACACCAAAGGAUCCAAGCCAGUCACCAUCCUUUCCGUGGGGAGAUUUCGGGUUGCUCGUAUAGCUGAGCAGAAGCCAAGCCCCCCAGAGGUAAAAGCGCCCAUUGAUUGUGAGGAAUCGAAAAAUGUCCCCUGUGAUGACUGUGCUGAACAGCGGGUGCUGCUCUGUAAUGCUCUAAGGGCCAAAAACCGUAGUAUGGAAGACACCAGCAAGCUUGAGGAUGUUAUUUGACUGCAGCCUCUUGCCCAGAACGGCCAUUCACCUGCGAAAAUCCAUCCUUCUGGUGGAAGCGUCCUCUGGCCAGUAAGGAAAGGACUGAAGGAAGCACAGUUUGCAUACGGGGUGCAGCGUUGCCCGCUGUGAGGGACACAUUCCAGGAGCCUCCUCGCAUUUUAAAGCAGAUUUUUAUUUUUUACAAGAGCGUAUUUUUAUUCAUGGACAGUGCCAGAAAACAACAUCAUUUCAUAUGCAUUUAGGGUCAAAGAAGUUGCUGGUAAAUAGGAAGAAAGUUUGUAAUCUUUCUCAUUUUGUCUGAUAUUUCCAUAAUCUACUGGCAGUGCUGUGCUCCCGAAGCGCAGUCCGCAUAUGGAAUUCGCAGUCUGUCUGGUGCAGGAAGGAAGAUUAAAAAGAAAACAAACUUGAUUAUGUUGAAAAUAAAUUUCAAAUAACUGAACAAACCUUUCCAAGGUGAAGCUGCUAUUGGCAUAUAGAAUGUCAGAGCGUGAUAACAACGCGUUUAAUAACAUGGGAAGCGGGUUUAAAUAAUUAUUUAUUUUAGUUUCUGUAUUUAACAUUUCUAUGUCAUUUUUCAUUUUAUAUUUGUUUAUUCUUUUAUGUAGUAUUGCAGUUAGUCUGCUUUAGUCGUUCUCCGUGCUGAUGGUUUGUUUAGUAGGUGUUGUAUUCAUUUAGAGUCAUUCUUGCUAAUAAUUUUAGAUUUUACUGGGGCUAGUGACUGGAUAUAAUUAGUUUGGUAGGAAACAUUUCAGCAUUCACACUGCACCUACAAAAAAAAUCUGCAAUAUUUAGGUUCCCCCCUGCAUUUAAAUUGUAACUCGAGGAAUCCCAGACCUCAAAAACUUCCAAAUGGAGAUAGCACCCCACUUGUAAGCAGGUUGUUCUCAUUUAAUAAGUUACUCGCUAGUACUUAGUGUAAUAAACUAUGUUGUAACUUCCGCAAAAGAUUAAAUUUAAAACGCAAGCUCCCAUUCCAGACCUGAGUAAGAAAGGACUGACAGAUGGUGGCUACAUGCAUAUGCUUCUUCUGAUAGGCUAAACAUCUGUGUUCCAGUAACUGUGUGGGUUACAUACAUACAUUUGUUUAAGGGACCAUUACAUACAGUAUCAUUGCAAAAUUAACAAAUACAUAAGACAGUGCAGUAAUGCUUAAUUUGAAUUUUAAAUAUGAAAUCAACUUUUCUUCUGACAAAUCUGACUCGUAUAGUAUAUACUGUGUACUCUGGUACCUCAGAGUGUGACUAUAGAACACUGCACAAUUUGAUACUGGAGUACUGAAAUUUUUGUUUAAAAAACGUUUAAAUCAUAGAAGUUUAAAUUUGACCUUCAUGUUCAUUUAACAAUAAAAUGCAAGGAAGUAUUAGAAGAUAUUGGUGUUACAUCAGAAUGUCUCUUUAACAAUCUGGUGCUAUGAAUUAGUUGUCAGGCGCUGACCCUGUUUAUCAGACCCUAGGAGACCGUUCCACUUUGCAGUGUGAUGUGCUAAUCUAAAUAAAAUAACAAUGCAGAAUUCUGCACAGAACAAUCUACAUUCGUUUUAUUUCAGUAAUUGUCAUGCUCAUCUGACAUCUAAUAGGCUGGCACGUGCCAUGUUCUGUAAACUGGAGCCAGUUAUCUAGGUGCUGCUAAUCCGGGUGUUGGCUGACCUUGUCACCAAGUGUGUGACAAGCUACAGAAGGAAGUGUGAAGUGUAUGGAAGGAACUGUAUGUUCGGCACGCAGAGCUUCCAUGAACAUCUAAGUGCACAAGCGCCAACAUGACUUUAAAGGGUGAACAGCCAGUGAUAAAGUAGAUGCCAUGUUAUCUGUUGCUGUCAAACCUUAUACAAGAGCAGCUUUAUGAAACUUCAUAUUACAAAAAAUAACUGAUAUAGAUAAUUAUAAAAUUAAUUGCCUAAAAUAUAUCCCCAAAUAAUGACGCCCAAAGUCAAAAGUCUGACCUCCUCCCAAUCCUAGCAGUGGCCACUAAGAAGUGUUUACCACAACCACAUGUUCAGAAAUCAAAGCCUAGCGCUACAGGGCUUCCAGUAGCCAUGGGACCUCGAGUUACAAAUAUCACUUCUUAUCUUGUUAUAUAUAUCUUGUUCAUUGGCUGCUGAAUAGUUUAGCCCCAUCUGUGAGUCUCUUAAGGCAGCUUUGUUGUCUUAUGCGUCUGCUUGUACAGCGAGAAAAGAACUACACAAAGUAUUACAUUAUCUUGUACAGGGUAGUACCCACAAGUCCACUGUUACCUAUGGGCUACACCUUACCAUUCCACUUCCCUUUAAAAUACCUUGCUUGCAUAAGUAUGUUACGUUAAAGGGACAUUAAACACUAAAUAAAUGAUUGAUAGAAUGAGGUCUGCAAAUAUUAGCUUGAGAAUAUGUACACAUUAGUAACAUUCUUAUGUCCAUAAAGCAGUGGGCGCCACCAUAUUGUUACCUAGGUUUAGUUUUCUGCUUAUUAGGGACAGUUACAGAGGCGUAACUAGAAACCACAGGGCCCAGGUGCAAGAAUCCAAGCAGGCCCCCCCAAAUUUUUUAUAAAUUUUAAUCAUGUCACCCUGCCCUCUUCAUGAUUCUUUAUCCCACCCCCUGACCUGACCCCCAGCCAGAUCAUUCAGUUAAUAGGAUUAGCAGCAGCCAGCCAGCACUUGUCAGUCUCUCUUAUUACUACAUACAGCGACCGUAAGACUUAAGUUAAUGCUCAAUCUCAGGGCUGCUGUAUGCAAGUAGCCCACCAGCCCAGUCCAUCCCUGUGGGGCCCCCCAGGGUCACCAGCCUCAGGGCCUGGUUGCAGUCGCGAAAGGUGUGACAGCCAUAGUUCCGCCCCUGGAAAGCUUACUAGACUGCAACCAAUGACUGUGUGGAAUUCAGCUGUAUCUGCAUUUUCACUUUUAACAGGAAUUUGGGAAGCCCACAAUAUUCAGAAUUAAAUUAUAGGAAAAGGGAACAAAAUAAAUAAUGAAAGUUAUUAUAUGUAGUAGUUUUACUACAUGUAAUUAAACAUUUCAUAUUAAGAUCUCAAAGUGUUUAAUGUCACUUUAAGCCACAUAACUGGUUUUGGUUUUCUGGAGCCGCAAUGGUACGAAUUAUUAACUGAAAGUGGUUUACAAUUUAUUUGUUUACGUAUUUGCGUAUAACUUUUUUAUUUUUUUCUAAUUUUAGCUGAUUUGCAAUAUUUAUAAAUCUCAUACUUCAUACAAAUAAGCUGUGUCAUUCUUUCAGUACUGCUGUUGCCAGGAACAUAUAUGAUCAGUAUGUACUUACUAUAUUAUCCCUAGAGUAAAACACUGUAUACUGUAUUUGUAUGCAAAUCCAUUUAUAUCAGUAUUUGCUCUGUGGUAGAAGUUGUACUGUGAGUUUUAGUAAAUAACCUGUUCCAGCACUGAAAGGGUUACGUGUAUCUUGUCAUUUUGUCAUCUCAUCAAAUUUUUAAUUGAUUUAUUUAUUUUUUUUAUUUCGUUACAAUAAACCAAAAUUCAGAUAACAAUA